GUUCCUCGAGAGAGGGAGGGCCAUGGCGACUUCAUUUUCAUCUCCAACAGAAACAGAGAGAAGGGGAAUACCUGCUGCUUCAUUCGUUGAAGAUGUGCACACCUUUCUCACCCAAUCUGGUUUCGAUGCCAACUCAGCCCUAGGAUUUCUUCAAGAAAGGCUUCAACAAUACAAGGUAGCAGAAAUGAAACUUCUUGCUCAACAGAGGGAUCUUCAGGCAAAGAUUCCUGACAUCAAGAAAUGCUUAGAUAUUGUUUUUACAUUACAAGCCAAGCAGGGUACUGGUGAGGCACUAAUAACCGAUUUUGAAGUUUCUGAGGGCAUAUAUUCACGAGCUUGUAUUGACGAGACAGACUCUGUGUGCUUAUGGUUGGGGGCAAAUGUAAUGCUAGAGUAUUCUUGUGACGAGGCUAAUGCCCUCUUGAAGAAAAACUUGGAAAAUGCUAAAGCCAGUUUAGAAGUCCUCAUUGAAGAUUUGCAGUUUUUGAGAGAUCAAGUAACAAUAACACAGGUCACAAUUGCUCGGGUGUACAACUGGGAUGUUCAUCAACGCAGGAGUCGGCAAGCUGCACAAGCUACUUGAGACUUACUUGAAGCUGAGUAUUUAUGCGUGCAGUUUGCAGAAGUUAGAUUUAUUUAUUGUAUUUUAUUUUAUUUUAUUUUAUUGUUCCCUUAAAUAACUCAUAGAUCAAGAGUACUUUUGAGUUAUUACUUUAGUUAGGCACCUGCACUAGGGAAUCUUGUGAUAGAAAGUUGUGUUCUCUUUUGCUCGUGUAUUAACUUAGGUUUACUUGAUUUGAGUCACUCUUUGAGUGUAAGAUAUUUGCUCCGUUAACCCCUUAUUUGGUAAUUUCAUGUAUGUAUUGAUUUAUUUGUGUUCC